GAUUUAUUCAAUUGAAUCAAUUAUUAUGAAUUUGAAGACACGGUUCAGCGAAGAUCUACACCUAUAUCGGCGAAGUCUGCAUUUCCAUCAAUCCGUACAGAACUGUCAAUAUCUAUGGUUCCGAUUAUGUGAACGACUAUAAGGGACGAGAAAUAUUUGAAAGACCGCCGCAUAUAUUCUCAAUCGCCGACUCGGCCUAUAAGACAAUGAAACAGAGAUUCAGAGACACCUGUAUUGUCAUCUCAGGAGAAAGUGGUUCGGGUAAGACUGAGGCCUCGAAAAUCAUUAUGAGAUACAUCGCUGCCAUUACUAACAUUAGUGGUCAACAAGAGAUUGAACGGUUAGAUAUGAAUAUGUUUUGAAAAUGUGUUUUGAAAUCAGUUUGA